AUGAAAGCUUGGCUUUUCGGAACCAAACCAGGAGAGGUAUUGAGCAUGGGAAUCCCAGUCCCAGAAAACAACAAAUAUGGUUUGAAGCCAGGUGUUGUUUUCUCUCUCCCAUGCACAGUUGAUAAAGAUGGAAAUGUCCACGUCGUUGAAACUUACAAAGUCAAUGACUGGCUCAGAGAGAAGCUCGAAUUUACAGAGAAGGAUCUCUUCAAUGAAAAGGAAAUCGCUUUGCAUACAUUAGGGGAAAUUAUAAAUUUAUACCACUAA